GUGAUAAGUUUGCACAGCUGUCGCGCCCGCCCUCAGCAAUGAUGUCUCUGGCGAUCGAUGCACCCGCGGGCUGGCCGGUGGACGCCGCCUCCCAGGUGUUCCUGGUGCCCAUCCCGGGCGUUGCCCUGGAGCCCUCUGUGGCCGCGGCCCCGCACUGGCAGUCCUGCCAUCAGCCUCCCUGCUUCCCCGACGCGGCCCUGGUGCAGCAGCAGCAGCAGCAGCAGCAGCAGCAGCAGCAGCAGCAGCAGCAGUUCGGGGCCUCGCCGCAGCCGCUCCAGCACCUGCAGCAGUAUGCGUGCGGCUUCCACCAGCAGCCGCCGCAGUCUCUCCACCAGGACUGCCAGCCGCAGGCCUGCCUGCUGCCGCACUACCCGCAGCAGUGCUGCGAGCAAGAGGCCUGGUGCCCACUGCAGCCCUUCCAGCACCAGACUUUCCAGCAGCCGUCGCUCCAAUCGCAGCCCUCGCACCAGCAGCCUUUUCAGCAGGCCGUCCACGUGUCUACGGCGCAGCAGCUAAGCCUGCCGCACUUCCAGCAGCCCGCAGGCCCGACGGCUGUGCGUGCGAGCGGGGCCCUGGCGGCGCAACCGACCCCGCCAGCGCCGCCAGCGUCGGUCGACGUGCGCGAGGUGGUGGCGGCCAUCGAGACGCUCUACGCGGACCAGCUGAAGCCAUACGGCCGCAUCCUGCGUAAGCGGCUCGAGGAGCGCGCGGUGGCCGCAGGGAGCCAGGUACCCGAGUUCGACACCGCCGCCCUGAAGGCGUCCUGCGAGUCCUGCCUCAGUCUGCGCGUGGAGGGCGAGGAGGGGGGCGACUGGUCCGUCCUGUUCCGCGACCGCCUUGACUGUUUCGUGGACGUGUACAGUCCAGAGGAUGUGUAUCCUGCGGAACUCUGGAGCGCCAUCAGGCGCUACCUCGAGGGCCCCGAAGGCGUCGCCCUGAAGCUGGCGGGCGGGCGAUACUCCUGCGCGCAAGAUCUCGUGGCGAGGGGUCUGCCGUUCUUGGCUGGGUUGUCCCUUGGGCAGGUCUGCCACCUGGUUCAGCUCGCCAUAUCACAGAAGAAGCUGCUGGGCUAUCUGGAGGGCGCCGUGGUGCCCUACUGGCGGUCGCAGUCGCUGCUGAAGCAGAGGUGCGCAGACCGCCAGUGCGCCACUGGCACGACCGCGAAGGGGGCCGGCCUUGGCACCUGGGACAUGCUGCGCAGCUUCUUGGAGGGUGCCCUCGGUGACCUCGGCCCAGAGGAGUCCAUCCGCCUGUUCGGGUUCGAGCUUCGAGAGUCCAUCCCCCUCUCAAACCUGAAGCGCCUCUUCAAGCAGAGGCACGCCACCGAGCUCAGCGAGACCGCCCUGGGCCACGCGAAGCUCUCGGAGCUGCUGCGCGACCCUCGGGUGAGCGAGCUGUGCACUGUGCGGCUGCGCAACCACGGCUACGCCGUCUUCCCGGGCGAGCGCCCAAUCGCGCGGCCCGCUCUGCGGAUGCCAAUCUGCCUGGCCGACAGCCUGCCCAGCGAGGGCCAGGGCGGCAGCGCGGCCAGCAGGUCGCCGGGCGAGGCGCACGCGGGCGGCCCUGCGCGCCGAAGGCCGGCCGCGCUGGGCGACGAGGAGGGAGCCAGCCCGAGCGGCGCUCGCUCGCCGGGGCCGGCGGAGGGGCUCGGCGGCGACCCGGAGGUCUUCCCUCCGACGCCGGACGCCGAGACGCCGCACUGGCGGGCGGGCCUCGGCCUGCCCACGCUGCUGGCGAGCCAGGCGGGGCGCGGCGCGCGGGCGGCCGCCGAGGGCGAGAAGCCCGAGGGUGGGACCUGGGGCGUGCCGCUGCUGACGCCGUUCACCAUGGGCCACUUGAGGAGUUCGGAGCGCAAGACGUUCAUCCACAUGACUGGCCUGCCGGCGACGCCCCACACGGGGUCCUGCAACCGCUCGUCGUCUGUGCCCAGAGACAUCCAUUGA